UUCUGGGCCCGGCGCGAUAAGGAUUGGUUCGUGUUUUUAUUUAAUGGAAUUUUGUGUUUCAUUGCAAACGAUUAACUCAAAAGUUUAGUUGUUGCACCGCAGCCGAUGGAGAACGCGGUUGAUUGCACAUUUUAAACCAUUGCCAGAUUAAAGCCAGUGAGCGAGGCAAGUCGGAUCGAAAGAAGCGAUUUCGGACAGAAUCGUAGUGAUAUUUUGUGAAAAAUAUUGAUUUAGUUUAUUAGCAGACUUAGAAACAGUCUGAAGUCAACAACUUAUCAGAGAUAUACCGGAAGUUAACGGUAUUACUGCUCUUUGCGGGAAUUGUGUUUCGGCUAAUCUUUUCGUCAUUUCUGUGGAUUUUAUUGAGAGGCUGUAAAAUCUUGUUGGUACAAUCUUUUAUCAGUUUGUCGGUCGUCCCAGACGGGGAAACAACCGUAGGUCGUGCGAAAAAGUGCCUUGGCAAUUGGUAUUGCCGGUGUAAAUCAAGUGAACUGCGUGCGUACGACGCAAACUAGGUUGGCGCACCGCCGCGCCGUAUCAGCGCAUAGGAUGGCCGAGACGGUGCCCAUGCUAGAGCUAACCGUUGACGAGCACGACGUGAUUCGCGGAGCCGAGGAAGUGUUAAAGGCUAUCAGGCCGCACUGGCGUUGCGACAGCAUCCGGUUCAAGCUUUUUACAGACGGAAUCACGAACAAACUGGUCGGAUGCUUCAAUCAGAACAACAAUCGAAGCGAUGGCGAGGGAGACUUCGACGCUGACGCAAGCAGCGCCGGCGAGGUCGUACUGGUACGGGUUUACGGAAACAAAACCGAUCUGCUUAUCGAUCGCAAAAAGGAAACGGAGAACAUUCAACUGCUGCACCGGUAUGGCUAUGCACCCUCACUGUAUGCCACUUUCCGCAAUGGGCUUGCCUACGAGUAUGUGCCGGGUGUUACGUUGACACCGGAAAGCUGCAGGGAGGAGCGCGUCUGGCGCCUAGUAGCGAAACGGAUGGCUCAGAUGCACAAGGUGGAACAACCCGGUUCUUCGAAGCAACCUAUGCUACGGGAAAAGCUCAAUCAGUUCCUCAAACUCGUUCCGCAGAUUUUUAGUGACCCAGUGAAACACACAAGGAUAUCGAAAAUAUUUCCGAAUGUGACAGAGCUCAGACGUGAUUUUGAUGAACUGUACGGCAAAUUGAGUCAACUGGCUAGCCCGGUCGUGUUUUGCCAUAACGAUUUACUGCUGGGCAAUGUUAUCUACAACGCGGAGCGUGAUCGUGUCACGUUCAUCGAUUACGAGUACGCUGCCUACAAUCAUCAGGCUUUCGAUAUUGGUAAUCAUUUUACGGAGUUUGCAGGAAUCGAUGAGAUCGAUUAUAAUCGGUAUCCGGGAAAAGAAUUUCAACUGCGAUGGUUGAAGGUCUAUUUGGACGAGUUUACAGGGUCCCGCGGUACCGACAGCGAUGUCGAGCGGUUGUACGUGCAGGUGAAUCAAUUUGCGCUGGCGUCGCACUUUCUGUGGACAAUUUGGGCGCUCAUCCAGGCGGAGCACUCGACGAUUGCGUUUGACUUUAUACAGUUCGCUGAAAACCGUUACCGGGAAUACCUACGUAGACGCGCUGAGUUUCUCGCGUUGACCUAUCAGAACUGAAGAUCGCGGCCGCGGCUCUCUUGGAUCGAAAUGUCCGUUUGGAUUAAUUACGAACAACCCUAGAACGAUUGUCAUUCCACAGACUAGUUAAACCGGGACCAAAAGCUCAAUGCAUCACAGUCAAAAAUAGGUAGAAAUAGGUUUUAGAAAAAUAAAUUGAAUAGGCCAAAGCAAUACAUAUAUUGUGGUUAGCUUAGCUAUUGUUUGUUUGAUAGUUUGCUCGACAAAUGAUCGUUAGUUUGUUUUCAACAACAUUUUUUAAUCGAUUUCGUAUGUUUUAAUUCGGAAUAAAAAUUUACCGCACUGCUUCA